UUUAGUAAAGAAAGGGCCGCAGGAAUGUUUGAUAUUCAGACUAAACAAAUUAAAUAUUGGGAAAAUCAUAAAGAAGAGCUGUCUUCAGCUUCACAUAUUCAAAAAUUGCACCUUGGGAAGGCAGCAGCAUUGCUUGAAUUAGAAAAUUUAUUAUUUGAAUGGGUUCAAAAUCUAUGA